UAUAUAUACUUUGUUUCUUCUUUGGGAAUGGUAUGGGGAAACUUUGACCUUAAAUAACUUUUUUGUAAUAUAUUAUAAUUGCUUUGUGUUAAGCUGUAUGGGUUUCGAAAGGUUCUGGAUUUGAAUCCCUUACCAUUGCCUUCAGACCAGCCUCAAGGGAUUUCUCCCUAUAACACAAGGGAUUAGUUAGGUGCCUUAAGUGCUAGACACCAUGUUAGCCAAAAAAGGGGAAAUUUUUUCAAAUUAUUAACUUACCUGCUACCUAGGCCAAUGAAUGUUGCUUCAGCGAUUAUAUUAAGUGUCAUUUCCUAGACAUUGUUGCCAUGGUGAUCUAGGCCUUACUGAUUUUUCUGGGUUUUUUGUUCAUGUUCUUUCAUAAUCUUUUAGGUCACUCCAUUUAUUGGUUUUCUGGAUCCUUUAUGAGAAUGUCAUGUCACUACAUCGAAUGAAGGCUACCAUCAUUGGUCGACUAGAGACAAAUCGAGCAAAUGAAUGGAUUGUAACAGAGAAACUAGGAGAUGCUCUCAAGGCUAAAGCAGGCUUGAAAGCACCAAGAAAACCUGGGUUCAGGUUUGGAGAAAGACUCCAUUUACUAGAGCUUGCAGUUGGAGCUUACCUAUUAUUUGUUGCCUGGUAUGAUGUUUUCUUUGGAAAAAACCACUUCUUCCUAUUCCUUUUUAUCCAAGCAGCUGCCUUCUUCAUUGUGGGGUUUGGGUACGUUGGCACCUUUGUCCCAAACUCUUAGAGGAACUCCCAACAAUGAUACUGAAGUUCGUUUUGCAUUUUGUUAAUGUGUCUGUAUAAUUUCUGCUUCAGCAACAUAUACAUGACCAUUCAUAUGGGCAUGGGUUUCGAAGGGUUGACUUUUAUAUUUUCAGUUCAAAUUACUGAUAAAAAAAAAAUAUUUUCAGCUCUAAUUAUCCAUUGUAUUUGUACAGUUUUUUUAUUGUGUUAAAAGAGUAGUUGAUUGGUUGUUGUAAAUUUAAUUAGGAAUUGCACAAUUGUGUUUACAUUA